AAAUAAAAAAAGGGCAAAGCUGGACCUGGAAAAUCCACAAAAACGGAUGACCCUUGAACCCAAAGCUUCACUAGCACCUAACUCUGUCAGCCUUGUCUUUUAAGCAAACAGCUCAAACCCCAUUAUUCUUUCUCACAACAUGGUUUGGUUGCUCAUCAAAGAACUCAAACCAAAAAGUUCCACCCUUCAGUCCAAGCGUUCUAGCCAAAGCAUCCAGCUUUUUAGCAGUUUCAAGUCUCCCAGCGGUAGUCAUCACCGGUAUACAGAAAGGAUGGGAUCGUUCCAAGCGCCUCCUGGAAUGAGAAGCUCUGCAUUGUUAGAAACUUCAUGUGGAUAUUUACUUCAAGAGUUGCAGAUGAUAUGGAAUGAAGUUGGAGAAGAUCAGUCAGAAAGAGAGAAGGUUCUACUAGAAUUAGAACAGGAAUGUCUGGAGGUCUACCGGAGAAAAGUUGACCGAGCAAAUAUGUCAAGAGCUCGCCUGCAUCAGGAACUCGCCGAAUCUGAAGCUGAAUUCACUCACCUUCUUUUGUCCCUUGGUGAACGUUCCCUUCCCGGACGGCCAGAGAAAAUGUCAGGAACAAUAAAGCAACAACUUGAUUCCAUUACGCCAGCAUUGCAGGAAAUGCGGUUGAGGAAAGAAGAGAGAGUAAACCAGUUCAGAGCUGUACAAGGGCAAAUUCAGAAAAUCUCUGCCGAAAUUGCUGGUCAGUCAGAAUAUGAUGACUCCAUAACAAACGUCAAGGUGAAUGAGAAUGAUCUUUCUUUGAAGAAACUUGAGGAAUAUCAGAAUGAGCUCCAAAGACUCCACAAUGAGAAGAACAACAGACUCCAGCAAGUGGAAAAAUAUAUAGCUGCUGUUCACAAUUUGUCUGCAACAUUGGGGAUGGAAUCUUCCAUGAUUAUUACAAAGGUUCACCCAAGCUUGAAUGAACUGUGUGGGAUUUCGAAAAACAUAAGUGACGGUAUUUUGGCCAAACUCAACAGCACAGUGGAGUCACUGCAAGAAGAAAAACAAAAGCGGCUUGAGAAGCUUCACCAACUUGGUAAAGCAUUGAAAAAUUUAUGGAGCCUAAUGGAUACAUCCUAUGGAGAUCGCUACUUGUUUUCCCAUGUUAUUGAUCAAUUAUCAGUCUCAUCAGCUGAAGUAUCUGAUCCUGGAAGCCUUACACUGGAUAUAAUCCAACAGGCCGAAGCUGAAGUUAAGAGAUUGGAUCAAUUAAAGGCAAGCAAAAUGAAAGAGCUAUUUCUCAAGAAACAGAAUGAGCUUGAAGAGAUAUGCAAUAAAUCACACAUGGAGAUUCCUUCAAGAUCAGAGAUGGAAAAUAUACUAAACCUGAUAAACACAGGGGAGAUUGACUAUGCUGAGCUCCUCAUGAGCAUAGAUGAACAGAUAUCAAGAGCAAAGGAAGAAGCAUCAAGUAGAAAAUCAAUAAUGGAGAAGGUGGAAAAAUGGAUACUAGCUCGUGAUGAGGAGCGGUGGCUGCAAGAAUAUAGCAUGGAUGAGAAUAGAUAUUCGGUCAGCAGGGGCGCUCACAGGAACCUGAGACGUGCAGAAAGGGCCCGAGUAACAGUCAACAAAAUCCCAGCAUUGGUGGAUUCACUCAUGGCAAAAACCAAGAGUUGGGAAGAAGAAAGAAGGAAAGUUUUCCUGUAUGAUGAGGUACCUCUUUUGGCAAUGUUGGAAGAGUACAACCUGUCUAGGCAAGAAAGAGAAGAAGAAAAGCAAAGGCAACGGAUGAAGAAGGUCCAAAGCCAGGUAGUAGUUGAGCAAGAAAACUUCACUACAUCUAGGCCAUCCACCAGUAAUCGGCGCCUUUCAAACAAGAGCUUAAAUGGAGGUUUUGGCAAUGCAAGCCCUUUAAACAGGAGGCUUUCCUUGAGUAUCCAGCAGCUAGGAUCAAAUGGCAAAAGCUCGGUGGCUCUUGGUACAUCCUUCAUCAAAGAAGGGAAGAAAGAGCAAGGAAAGAGGAUAUUUCCUCGACCAAAUUUCACCUCUCAGCUAAGAGAUGAAACAGCUUCAGUGGUAUCAACAUUUUCUGGGCCCUUAUCACCUUGAAAUCAUGAAAGAUCCAUUCUGAUCUAAUGCACUAGUAACCGGAAAAGCUUAUUGUAAGUUUGAAGAGGAAAUAUAUAUAUGUUUGCAGAGAAUAAGUUCAGUUUGUCAAAAAAAAAAAAGACCUUGCUGUGUAGUUAUAUAAAGUCUCUUGGUUCGAAUUCUUAAGUUAACAUUUGUCCUUACAAUGAAAAAGAAUGGAAAAUAUUUUUGCUUUCUUGCUA